AUGUCCACCGGCUCAGCUGCGAGUGAUGCUGAGGAGGAAGAGACGCAUCCCAGGAGGUCCCGUUUGAAGAGGAAGACUUCCCGCUGCAGCCCCGGCCUGUUAUCAGAUGAGGAGCCGGAAGAUGACGGCGCAGGAAGGAGGAGGAAGCUGGAGGGCAGCAGGCUCUCCGAGCCGCAGCCAAAGGAGGCGCGGCAGACGCAGAGGAACGCGGCCAACGCGCGGGAGCGGGCGCGGAUGAGAGUGCUGAGCAAAGCCUUCUCCAGAUUGAAAACCAGCCUGCCCUGGGUGCCUGCGGACACCAAACUGUCCAAGCUGGACACGCUCCGUCUCGCCUCGAGCUACAUCUCCCACCUCAGACAGCUGCUGCAGGACGAACGCUUUGAGAGCUUUGCGCACCCAGCCAGCCUGACGUGGCCAUUUCUGAGCGCAGGACGAUCAGAAGAGGACAUCUCAUCCUCAAGAAGACUUUGUGGAGCAACAGCAUGA